AUGGAACGAAAAAUUAGGCUAUCUUUUUUUAUUAAAUUUUUUGCGUUUAUUAUUUUAACUUGGAUGUACUUUUUUAUAAGUGAUUUGAAUACGUUUAACAAAACUUUUUAUGCGAACUACAAACUUACUAGAAAAUUAAAUACAAGAACAUUUAGACUACUGGCAAAAUAUAAGCGUGAUAAGAAUUCAAAUAUUGUAGAAGAGAAAGAAAGAAUAUCAGAUAGUGGAGUGAACAUAAAAAAAGUUUUUUCUAAUAAUGAUCGAGGAACCAUAGGAACAAAGGAACAAUUAAAUAGAGAUACGUUAAAUAAUUCUGGAAAUAAUAAAGAAGCUACGAAAAAUAAAUAUUCUGUAUUUGGAGGAAACAGAUAUUCCUAUUUUGAAAAAAAAAUAUUCAACGAACUUGAUAAUAGAGAAUUUCUUGAAAAGAAUAAAACAAUUAGCAAUAGAACAUACAAAAAAAUAAAGUUUAAAAAACGUAGACUACGUUUUUCUUUAGGUUCAUUUUUGUCUAUAUUGAUUUUACUGGUACCUUUAAUAGAUUUAUUCCUUUAUUUUGUGUGCGGAAACGAUUUAUUAAGUACGUUAGGUCUUUUAAAAGUUGACAUGGGUCAUGAAGGCUAUUUUCCUAGAGUAGAAGAUGGGGCGUUAAAAAAAUUAUUAGACCUAAAGCACUGGAUGUUUAGGGAAGCAAUAAGAGUUCCGACUAUUGUAAAAUAUUGCAUUCCUAUAUUUAUAAUAUUUGUCGUAAUUAUAAUGUGUAUUGUUUAUUACUAUAAAAAAGUUAUGAAAUAUGAAAAAAUAAAGUUCAGGGAAAAAUUAAAAGAAUAUUAA